CAAUUUUCCACGUCACAACCACAUAAUUCAAGAAUGACCAGCUUCGCUGCUUUCGAAGCCAAGAUGCGAGAGGAAGGCCUGAGCCAAGCUGCCAUCAAGGCGUUUGAGUACUCUUACAGCGCAUUGCAAAGCGGCGCAACUGGCAUGAUUGGCGAAAACACAAUUGAAGGUGUCAAUGACAUCGACUACUUGGAAGGACGACCGGGAUCCAUUCGCGACAGCGUCAAACCUGACGUGAGCUUGCUUAAGAAGACCGUAGUUCUCAAGCUGAACGGCGGCCUGGGAACGAGCAUGGGCUUGGACAAAGUCAAGAGCUUGUUGACGAUCAAGGGCUCCGACACGUUCUUGGACUUGACGGCCAAGCAAAUCAUUGAAAUGCGCAAGAACUACAACUCGAACGUGCGCUUCAUCUUGAUGAACAGCUUUAGCACGAGCGAAGACACGUUGGAAUAUUUGCAAAAGUACCCCGAAAUUGUCAGCGAUGUUGACCUCGAACUGCUUCAAAACAAGAUCCCAAAGAUUGAUGCGAAGACGCUUCAACCUGCGGAAUGGCCCUUGAACCGUUCGAAGGAAUGGUGCCCUCCCGGUCAUGGUGACUUGUACCCCUCGUUGUUGGGCUCGGGUAAACUGGACAAGUUGCUUGCCCAAGGAUACAAGUACAUGUUCAUUUCCAACUCAGACAACUUGGGUGCCACGUUGGACUUGGAACUUUUGACGUACUUUGCACAGACUGACAAGCCGUUCUUGAUGGAAUGCUGUGAACGUACAGAAAACGACAAGAAGGGCGGUCACUUGGCUCGUCGUUUGGAUGACCAACGCCUCAUCUUGCGUGAAUCGGCCCAAUGCGAAUCGACCGACGAAGCACAUUUUCAAAACAUCGACAAGCAUCGCUACUUUAACACCAACAACUUGUGGAUCCGCUUGGACAAGUUGUCGGAAGAAUUGAAGAAGCAAGGUGGGUUGAUCAAACUGCCUAUGAUCAAGAACGCCAAGACGGUCGAUCCCAAGGACGCUUCGUCGACCCCAGUGUACCAGCUUGAAACUGCCAUGGGUGCUGCCAUCGAAUGCUUCGCCGGUGCUGGUGCCGUCUGCGUACCCCGCACUCGCUUCGCCCCAGUGAAGAAGUGCGACGACUUGUUGCUCCUCCGCUCGGACGCGUAUGUUGUCACGGACGAUUUCCGCCUCGUUUUGGCGCCACAAACCGAAGGCCGUGCCACGACGGUGUCGUUGGACUCGAAACAAUACAAAUUGGUCCAGCAACUCGAAGCUGCGUUGCGAGGAAACGUGCCGUCCCUCAUCAAUUGUUCGAGAUUGACGAUCAAGGGCAACGUCGGAUUCGCGCCGGACGUUGUUUUCGAAGGCGAUGUGACGAUCGUCAACAACUCGAAGGAACAAAAGACGAUUCUGUCUGGACGCUACGCAAACCAAACUAUCGACUUGACCAACCAAGCCGGUUUGGGCAAAUUGACCGUGUCCGCCGUGACGACGUCGCCGAUCGAAGGGCAAAAGCCAGGUACCUCUGGCCUUCGCAAGAAGACAAAAGUAUUCAUGCAACCAAACUACCUCAACAACUUCGUCCAGUCGACGUUUGAUGCGUUGCCGGCCAAAGACUUGCUCCAAGGCACGCUCGUCAUUUCCGGUGACGGCCGAUACUACAACAAGCAAGCGAUUCAAACCAUCAUCAAGAUGGCGGUGGCUUCGGGUGUCGACCGCAUUUGGAUUGGACAGAACGGGCUUUUGUCCACUCCUGCCGUGUCGGCUGUGAUUCGCGAACGUGAAGGAGGCGCUGUCGCAUUUGGCGCGUUUAUCUUGACUGCCAGCCACAACCCUGGUGGAAUUGACGAAGACUUUGGCAUCAAGUACAACUGCGAAAACGGCGGCCCUGCUCCGGAAAAGCUGACCAACGAAAUUUUCAACAACACCAAGAUCCUAACGUCGUACAAGAUUGCUGCGUCGUUCCCCGACAUCGACGUGUCAGUGGUUGGAAAGACUGCCGUCAAGUCGGACGAUGGAAGCCGCACUGUCGUCGUGGAGGUGUUCGACGCCGCCGAAGACCAUGUGCAUUUGCUGAAGUCGAUCUUUGAUUUUGGCGCGAUCAAGGCUCUCCUCGCUCGCGAGGACUUUAACUUUGUCUACGACUCGAUGAGCGGCGUCCAGGGACCGUAUGCCCACCGCGUGUUUGUUGACGAAUUGGGCGCGUCCCCGUCGAGUUUGAUCAACGCUGUUCCUCUUGAAGACUUUGGUGGCCAUCACGCCGACCCCAACUUGACCUACGCUCACGAACUCACACACAUCAUGGGAGUGGACGCCAAGGGAGUUGCAGUCCACGGUCAAUCGACUGAGCCACCCGCUUUUGGUGCUGCCUGCGACGGUGACGCUGAUCGCAACAUGAUCCUCGGAUCGCGCUUCUUCGUGACCCCGUCGGAUUCGUUGGCAGUGAUUGCCGCGAACGCAAACGUGAUUCCGUUCUUCCGGAAGAAGGGAGGUCUCCGUGGCGUGGCGCGUUCGAUGCCUACGUCCGGUGCUGUGGACUUGGUCGCGGCAAAGUUGGGCAUUUCGUUGUUUGAAGUCCCGACCGGUUGGAAGUUUUUUGGCAACUUGAUGGACUCGAAGGAAGUGUACAACAAGGAAGACUACACACCGUUCAUCUGCGGUGAAGAAUCGUUCGGCACAGGCUCCAACCACAUUCGCGAAAAGGACGGCAUGUGGGCCGUGCUCGCGUGGCUCUCGAUCAUCGCGUCGAAGAACACGUCUCCCGGUGCGCCCCUCGUCACCGUGCAACAGAUCGUUGAAAACCAUUGGGCCACGUACGGCCGCAACUACUACUGCCGCUACGACUACGAAGGUGUGGACAAGGCUGGUGCCGAGAAGAUGAUGGCCGCCAUGGCGUCGUCGGCGUCGCUUGCUGGCAAGGUGUACCAUGGAUUCACCGUCAAGGUAAACGACGAGUUUACGUACAACGACCCCGUCGACGGCAGCGUGUCCAAGCAUCAAGGGAUUCGAUUCAUCUUUACUGACGGGUCGCGCGUGAUCUUCCGUUUGAGCGGCACGGGUGUCGCCGGUGCCACGAUCCGCAUGUACGUUGAAAAGUAUGAACCAGCGACUGGCAACUUGUCGCAGUCGGCGGCCGAUGCCCUGAACACGUUGAUCCAAGUCGGUCUCGAACUGUCCCAGUUGGAACACUUUACGGGUCGCAAGGCACCGACCGUGAUCACUUAAAUAAUCAUACGAACGGCGCUCUUAUAGGUUGUUAAGGCUCGAACGCAUCGACUUCGUGGUUGUACAGGU